CGUCUGUGUUCCUGUUCGUUCGUAUUCAUCACCGACUCGGUUUGUAAAUAGCUGUGGCCCUGGAGACAGGUGUACGACGCUCACUCCUCGCUUGGCCAUUUCCCCGGACGCCUGCUCUCCUGUUCAGUCCAACCAGCUGCACGCAGUGUGCCGUUCUAGCAGAGGGAGAGAGCGCGCAGCACAUCCCAGCCAGUCCUCCUCCUCUCUCUCCCUCAUUCACACCAGGAUGGAUCUGCUCUCCUAGCAGAGCACAAGUCGACUUCAGCAGUUGGCAAGUUGGGUUGUCAUUAAAGAGGAGCUGAAACAAACGUUUCUCCUGCCUCCUGACGAGAUUUCUCUUACCUCCGCGCAUCAACUUGUCCGUCGGAAACCUGCACGAUGUCAGCAGCCGGACCACAUCCGCGCGUUCUGCUCCUGCUCUGCCUCUUUUCCAGCGCUGCGUGCAAUAUGUUUGCGUUCACCGAGGAGCCCUCAGAGAGAGUCGGGAAGGCGGACGGGUAUUGUAGUCGGAUAUUACGGGCUCAGAGCAAUCGGAAGGACGGCAACAGCGAGUUUCGCCUCCGCGUUGAGGGAGACCCGGAGAGCUACCACCCGGGGAGCACAUACAGAGUGACUCUGAGUGCAACCAGCCCCUCCUACUUCAGAGGGUUCACUGUUAUUGCCCUGAGGGAGGGUGCAGAAGGAGACAAGGAUGAGGACUAUGCUGGAAAUUUCCAGAUAAUUGAUGAAGAGGAAACACAGUUUAUGACCAACUGCCCCCCUGCAGUGACAGAGAGCACUCCUCGCAGACGAACUACCAUCCAAGUGUUUUGGACUGCGCCCCCUAGUGGCUCUGGCUGUGUUCUUCUCAAGGCUAGCAUUGUGCAGAAGAGGAUAAUCUAUUUCCAGGAUGAAGGUGCACUCACCAAGCGCAUGUGUGAGAAAGAGUCCCUGUAUGGAGAUGCUACAGAUAAACCUCUGCUUGACUGCUGUGCCUGUGGAACAGCAAAGUACAGAGUCACAUUCUAUGGAAACUGGUCAGAGAAGACUCAUCCCAAAGACUAUCCCCGUCGUGCCAAUCACUGGUCAGCCAUUAUUGGUUCCUCCCACUCAAAGAACUACGUGCUUUGGGAGUACGGUGGCUUUUCCAGUGAAGGAGUUAAACAGGUAGCUGAGCUGGGCUCCCCGGUCAAAAUGGAAGAGGAGAUCAGGCAGAAGGGCGAUGACGUCCUGACAGUCAUCAAAAUGAAAGCACAAUGGCCGGCCUGGCAGCCACUUAAUGUGCGGGCCGCCCCCUCAGCUGAAUUCUCAGUGGACCGGAGCCGACACCUCAUGUCCUUCCUGACUAUGCUGGGGCCCAGUCCAGACUGGAAUGUGGGUCUGUCUGCUGAGGACUUGUGUACCAAGGAGUGUGGUUGGGCCCAGAAGGUGGUCCAGGACCUGAUUCCCUGGGAUGCUGGCACUGAUAGUGGGGUUUCAUACGAGUCUCCCAACAAGCCGACUUCGCCCCAGGACAAGAUCCGUCCCCUGACCAGUCUGGAUCAUCCACAAAGUCCCUUUUAUGAUCCUGAGGGAGGUGCUAUCACUCCUGUGGCCAGGGUGAUGGUGGAACGCAUUGCUAGAAAGGGCGAACAGUGCAACAUUGUGCCAGACAAUGUCGAUGACAUUGUAGCAGAUAUUGCCCAGGAGGAGAAAGAGGAAGAUGAUACCCCUGAGACAUGUAUCUACUCCAACUGGUCUCCAUGGUCAGUCUGCAGCUCAGCCACUUGUGAGAAGGGCAAGAGGAUGAGGCAGAGGAUGCUGAAGGCCCAGUUGGAUCUUAGUGUUCCCUGCCCACACACCCAGGAUUUUGAGCCUUGCAUGGGGCCUGGAUGCAGUGAUGAGGAUGCCUCCACCUGCAUGAUGUCAGAGUGGAUCAACUGGUCUCCAUGUAGUAUGUCCUGUGGGGCAGGAACACGUUCACGAGAGCGUUACGUUAAACAGUUCCCAGAUGAUGGCUCAGUCUGCACUCUGCCCACAGAGGAGACUGAGAACUGUGUCAUUAAUGAGGAAUGCUCUCCCAGCAGCUGUCUGGUUACAGAAUGGGGUGAAUGGGAUGUCUGCAGUGCCACUUGCGGUCUUGGCAUGAAGAGGAGAGAGCGCAUGGUGCAGAUGCCUCCUGCAGAUGGCUCCAUUUGUGGUGCAGAGGUUCUAGAAGUGGAGAAGUGUAUGAUGCCAGAAUGCCAUACAAUUCCCUGCAUGCUGACUCCGUGGUCUGACUGGAGUGACUGCAGUGUGACUUGUGGAAAGGGUUUGAGGACCCGACAGAGAAUGCUCAAAUCUCCCGUGGAACUGGGCGAGUGUACAGAAGAAUUAGAACAGGUGGAGAAGUGCAUGCUACCAGAGUGCCCCAUAGACUGUGUCAUGUCAGAGUGGACCGAGUGGUCAGAAUGCAAUAAAUCCUGUGGGAAGGGUCACACGAUCCGGACACGCAUGGUGAUGCUGGAGCCUCAGUUUGGUGGAGACCCCUGUCCUGAAACCAUCCAGAGGAAGAAGUGUAAGAUCAGGAAAUGCAACCGAGGACAAGGGAACAGUGAUGAGAAGAAACGACGCAAGGAGCAGCGUGAAAAGCGGAGGAGCAAACAGGGCAGAACUGAAGGCACCUCCGAGCAUCCUGGGUGUAGAAUGAGACCAUGGUCAAGUUGGACAGAAUGCACCAAGCCAUGCGGAGGAGGUAUUCAAGAACGGCUCAUGACAGUGAAGCAGAGGUUUAAGACUGCCCAGCUGUCCAGCUGCAAGGACAGGAAGGAGAUCAGGGCUUGUAAUGUGCACCCCUGCUAGGAAGGAGUAAGGGAGUCGGGUUGGUGUGGACGGGAUGACAGUGGGGCUGGGAAGAGGACAGGGCACACUGUCGCACAAUGAUCCAAUGCACUCUGUUUAGGGCUGAAAUGACACAUUCUUGAAUCGGUAUUGGUUAAAUCCAGAGCUGAGGUCAGUUGUCGGUAAGAGAGGAUGAACUUAAAGAUCUCUUUGGACAACUCUGGAUUUAAACUUGACUGAUUCUUCUGUGCUUUCAAACAAGCUCUGCUACACAUAUGACUCUUUUGCGACAUUACUGUAAACUUGGUGUGGUAUAAUAUAUCUUGAAAAAUAUAAUUAUGAACUAUAAAUUGAUUUAAUAAUAAGAUAAACAAUUGUUAUAUCUUGUGGUAUCCUUAAGUAGUACAGUAUAUUCCAGACUUUAAAGCACAGGUGCCCAGCCAUUCCAGUGUUUUAUAUGCCCUCAAUUGUUCCGUUGUUUUUAGGACACAAAAUACUCCAUUGAUUUUUUACCCAGCUAUAUUGUUGUACAUGUAGAUGCACUACAAUGGACAUCAAUAUAAUCUGGAGGAUUGUUAGAAAAUGUUGUUUUCUUCUCUUUUUUUUGUUUUGUUUUUUUGCAGUGGAAUCUUUUGAUAAGAAUGUGUCCCAAGAUUCUUACCAAAGUCUUGUGUAGAUGUUUUCUAGAUGUACUUCCCUCCUUUUCUUUUUCUCUGUUGAUCUAACAUAUUAAUAUUUUGGAAUAAUAUCACCUUUACAAUAAAAGUAAAUGUGACAACUUG